AGCUGCUGCACGUUGACAUUGGGAUCGGGUUGUAUCUCGUGUGAGCGGGUGAAUUGAAUUGCUGUCACUAAUUAUUUGAAGAAAGCAAGCAAGAAGAGUGCAGGACUUGAGGAUGGGUGGCUCAGUGUCCAGUCCUGCUGCCAGUGUGAAAGCAGAUGCUCAGUUUGGCAGCAGCGUGCCACCACAGGGCUGUCCAAUGCACCAGGCACGCCAGGAAACUUCUCCUCCAUCUGAGUGCCCCAUGCAUCAGGCUGAGUCUCAGACCGCAGUUCCUGCAGGACCAGCGCACCAGCUGAGGGCCUACGACUUUGUGCAGUGCCCCAUGAAGGCUGCGAAUGAAACGUCUGACAUUGAUCCAACAAAUAUGAUGCCACCACCAAACCAACAGCCAGCUCCUGACCAGCCUUUCCCCUUGCCAGUUAACAGAGAGGAAGCCACCAUUCCUAGAUUUGGGACUGAUAAAAACUGGGUCUAUCCCUCAGAACAAAUGUUCUGGAAUGCCAUGUUGAGAAAGGGGUGGCGUUGGAAGGAUGACAGUCUUUCCCCAGAAGACAUGACUAAUAUCAUCAAAAUCCACAACCGCAACAAUGAACAGGCCUGGGAGGAGAUCCUAAAGUGGGAGGCACUGCAUGCUCAUGAAUGUCCAUGUGGCCCAACUUUGAAGCGGUUUGGUGGUAAAGCAAAGGAGUUUUCACCUAGAGCCAGGAUACGUCAUUGGAUGGGAUACGAACUACCCUUCGACCGGCAUGACUGGAUCGUGGACCGUUGUGGAAAAGAGGUCCGGUACGUGAUUGAUUAUUAUGAAGGAGAGCUUGACAAAAACACGUACCAGUUCUCUGUCUUGGACGUGCGUCCUGCGUUUGACUCUCUCAAUGCAGUGUGGGACAGAGUAAAGGUGGCCUGGUGGCGAUGGACAUCUUAAACUCCUGAAAAGCUUGCAAGGACACUUCUCCUAUAUCAAGAUGUAAAUAAAAAUUGAAUGGUGAAAUAGCAAUGUAUGUUAAAGUAUUCUGCACACUGAUCACCAUGUGGGGGAGUAACGUAGACUUGUGUGCAGAUGUGUUUUAGAGAUGUGACUGAGAUUUCAGUUCUGAUCAGUGGCAGGAUACCAUACAGUUAGGCUCAAAAAUAUUUGGACAGUGACACAAGUUUUGUUAUUUUAGCUGUUUACGAAAACAUAUUCAGGAUACAAUUAUAUAAUCAAUAUGGGCUUAAAGUGCAGACUCUCAGCUGUAAUUUGAGAGUAUUCACAUCCAAUUUGGAGCAAGGGUUUAGGAAUUACAGCUCUUUAAUACAUAGCCGCCUCUUUUUCAAGGGACCAAAAGUAAUUGGACAAUUGACUCAGAAGGCUGCAAAAAAAAAAUAACAAGGCUGCAUGGGCUCUUCCCUCGUUAACCUGUCAUCAAUUAAGCAGUUAAAAGGUCUGGAGUUGAUUCCAGGUGUGGCGUUUGCAUUUGGAAGCUGUUGCUGUGAACACGCAUGUGGUCAAAGGAGCUCUCAAUGGAGGUGAAACAGACCAUCCUGAGGCUGAAAAAAAAAAAGAAGAAAUCCAUCAGAGAGAUAGCAGAAAUGUUAGGAGUGGCCAAAUCAACAGUUUGGUACAUUCUGAGAAAAAAAGAGUGCACUGGUGAGCUUGGGAACUCAAAAAGGCCUGGACGUCCACGGAAGACAACAGUGGUGGAUGAUCGCAGAAUCCUUUCCAUGGUGAAGAAAAACCCCUUCACAACAUCCACUCAAGUGAAGAACACUCUUUCCAGGAAGUAGGUGUAUCAGUAUCUAAGUCUACCAUAAAGAGAAGACUUCAUGAGAGUAAAUACAAAGGAUUCACCACAAGGUGCAAACCAUUAAUCAGCCUCAAAAAUAGAAAGGCCAGAAUUGACUUUGCCAAAAAACACCUGAAGAAGCCAGCCCAGUUCUGGAACAGCAUUCUUUGGACAGAUGAGACUAAGAUCAACCUGUACCAGAAUGAUGGGAAGAAGAAAGUUUGGAGAAGAAUUGGAACAGCUCAUGAUCCAAAGCACACCACAUCUUCUGUAAAACAUGGUGGAGGCAGGGUGAUGGCAUGGGCAUGCAUGGCUUCCAAUGGCACUGGGUCACUUGUGUUUAUCGAUGAUGUGACAGACAGAAGCAGCCGGAUGAAUUCUGAAGUGUGUAGGGAUAUACGGUACUUUCUGCUCAGAUUCAGCCAAAUGCAGCAAAGUUGAUUGGACGGCGCUUCACAGUACAGAUGGACAAUGAUCCAAAACAUACUGCAAAAGCAACCCAGGAGUUUUUUAAAGCAAUGAAGUGGAAUAUUCUGCAAUGGCUGAGUCAGUCACCAGAUCUCAGCCCAAUCGAGCAUGCAUUUCACUUGCUCAAGACAAAACUUAAGGCAGAAAGACCUACAAACAAGCAACAACUGAAGACAGCUGCAGUAAAGGCCUGGCAAAGCAUCACAAAGGAGGAAACCCAGCGUUUGGUGAUGUCCAUGGGUUCCAGACUUCAGGGAGUCAUUGCCUGCAAAGGAUUCUCAACAAAAUAUUGAAAAGUAGCAUUUUACUUAGGGUUAUGUUUAUUUGUCCAAUUACUUUUGAGCCCCUGAAAUGAGGAGCGUUUGUAUAAAAAUAGCUACAGUUCCUACAUGUUUAAUCAUAUAUUUUUUCAACCCCUUGAAUUAAACCUUAAAGUCUGCACUUCAAUUCUGUUGUAGUUGUUUCAUUUCAAAUCCAAUGUGAUGGCAUGCAGAGCCCAAAUCAUGAAGAUUGUGUCACUGUCCAAAUAUUUCUGGGCUUAACUGUAUGUGGGUUUUUUCAAGUACAUAUGGGAUUUCCAACCCCCCCCCCCCCCCCUUUUUUUUUAAAGAAAAAAAUUCAGAACCCCAAAUGUGCAACUGAAUAUGUGAAACAUUAUUAUUAUUAUUAUUAUUAUCUAAGAAGUUGGUUUGAAGUUAACUGGUUUUUGACGUUAAUGAAACUGAAUGACACUGAAAUAUAAUUUAUUGAAAGAAAACAUUAUCGUUUUAGUUAAACAAGUGAGUAAGGAUACUUUAAAAUCUAACUCAGUUUUUACACAAUUUGCUAUAACUUCUCAAAUCUGGUAGGAGUUCUUUUGAGUUGUUACAUGUUCUGCCAUUUUUUUUCUUUUUUUUUCACUCCUUCCCUUCCCCUCUGGUGUGUUAUCAGGAUUUUCUCAUUUCAUUUUUACCACUACCUUGUUUUUGACCUCAGAUGCAUUAUUCUUCACUAAAUGCUGUUGAAUUGAUUUUAAAGUUAUGCUAUACUGGCUAUAGUUUUGUGAGUGGGCUGUCUUUUAAGGCUUGUGUAUUUAAUAAAAUAAAUGCUGUCCUUAUGAA